CACCCAAAAUCCCGAAUGCAGGGUUUAAACUACAUGGCAGUCCUUCAAGAGUCAAGACCUUCUAUCCUACGCCACCGCUGCUUAAAAUGCGCACCCUGAGGCCAUGCAUCUCCUGCUCCUCCUUCCAGCCUCACCUCACUCCGCGUAGGCCCAGCUUCCCUUGCACUCCUUCACCUUCCUUUCUCUUUAACUUCAGACCUAAGCGGUUCUAUGUUCUCAAGCCAUGUUCUUCACUGAAAGAAACCAAGAAACAGACUCUCCUAAAGCCCUCCAGCAUCCCGCAAAGCCUAAGGAGGUUUGGGAAUCCGAAGAACGACCGCGAUGAUUCUGAUGAAGGCCGUGACAAGCUCGCAGGAGAUGGCGGGGGUGGUUUGGAAGGGGAGACUGCAGCUAAGGGUACUCUUUUAGCGGGUCUUUUGCUUGUUGGUGUUGUCGGUGGUUUUGCAUCGGUUGGGUAUCUCUACAAGGAUCAAAUCAAUACAUUCUUGACGCAGUUUUCGGGAUUCAUUGAAGGCUAUGGUCCAGCUGGGUAUGCUUUAUUUGUAGCUGUCUAUGCUGGGUUGGAGAUCCUUGCGAUUCCAGCCAUCCCAUUAACUAUGUCUGCUGGUCUUCUUUUCGGCACUGUUAUUGGAACUAUCAUUGUCUCCAUCAGUGGAACGGUAGCAGCAACUGUUGCAUUUCUUAUUGCCAGAUAUUUUGCCCGUGAGCGUAUUCUUAAAAUGGUCAAGGGAAAUAAGAAAUUUCUAGCCAUUGACAAAGCUAUUGGGGAGAAUGGUUUCAGAGUUGUCACACUUCUUCGUCUGAGCCCUUUGCUUCCAUUUUCUCUUGGAAACUAUUUGUAUGGGCUGACUUCAGUGAAGUUCAUCCCAUAUGUGUUAGGAAGUUGGCUAGGGAUGCUUCCAGGGACUUGGGCUUAUGUUUGUGCUGGUGCAUUUGGACGUGCAAUCAUUCAAGAUGAAUCCGACAUCAAUUUAUUUGGAGGCAACAGUCAGUUACUGACACUUGGUCUUGGACUUUUGGCAACAGCACUGGCUGCAGCAUAUGUGACACAGCUUGCGAAGGAUGCUGUAAAAGAUAUCGAGUAGAUAUGCCUCCAUGAGAAAUUUUACCUGAAAGUCUGAUUAUGAGGAUGUUUAAAUGGUUAUAAGAAAAUGUAAAUUAGACUGGCAAAUCACAGUGAUGUAAUUAUUUGUCUAAUAGAACGGACUCAAUUUUUGAAGUGUGCUUUCAGUGUCAUGAAUUUGCGCACAGAACUCAUGAAAUAAAUCAUGAAUUUUCUUGCCGUUCAUCGGGCCUCGGCAUUUACAGAUGUACAUUAAAGAAGAGGCUGCUGCAAAAGCUUGUAACAACAUUUGGAGGUCAAGAAAGAAAAGAAUAACACGAUACCAUCUGUACCAUUAUCUUCUGCUAAUAAUGACGGUGAAAAAAGUGAACUUUUGAUUUGGCA